AUGAUGUUUUUACGAAUUGGACGCUCUAUUCAUCGAUCCUCUCGCUCCAUAUUCAAUAAAGCCCCAUUUUCGGGUGGUAAUGGAUUGGAAUUAAUAAUUUUGAAUGAAUUGUCUCCUGAAAAUGCGUGUAUUGCACGAUCGUGGGGUGGCUUAGGGUUUGUGAGGAGAUAUUUGACAUCUAUUGGAGCUGGGAAACUGGUUGUGAAUGGUGGCACUUUGUCGGAAUUUAACUCGGUUUUUGCGAACCCUAGGCUUAUUAGGCUGUAUUGUAGCGAAACACCAAAGAAAAGAAACUAUGAGAAUUAUUAUCCAAAAAACAAGAAAGAAAUUCCAAAAGGGAACAACCAGAAAGGGGAGCAUAAAGAGGAGUCAGGCACGGGUGAUCAAGGGAACAACCAGGACUUCUCCACUAAAUUUCAAAGUUUUGUUGCCCCGUUGUUGUUGCUUGGAUUUGUGCUUUCAUCAAUAUUUAUGAAUCCUCGUGAACAGAAGCAGGUCUUCUUCAAAGAUGUGGCUGGUUGUGAUGAGGCAAAACAGGAAAUCAUGGAGUUUGUGCAUUUUUUAAAGAACCCCAAAAAGUACGAGGAGCUGGGAGCCAAAAUUCCAAAAGGUGCCCUUCUUGUAGGUCCUCCAGGAACCGGAAAGACACUACUUGCCAAGGCAACAGCUGGAGAGUCUGACGUGCCUUUUCUUUCCAUUUCUGGGUCAGAUUUCAUGGAAAUGUUUGUUGGAGUUGGCCCGGCCAGAGUUCGGAGCUUAUUUCAAGAGGCAAGACAGUGUGCACCGAGUAUAGUCUUUAUUGAUGAAAUUGAUGCAAUUGGUCGAGCACGAGGACGUGGGGGAUUUUCUGGUGGUAAUGAUGAGCGGGAAAGCACCCUAAAUCAAUUGCUUGUGGAAAUGGAUGGAUUUGGAACUACUUCUGGGGUGGUUGUACUUGCUGGUACUAAUAGGCCUGAUAUAUUAGACAAAGCUCUGUUAAGGCCUGGUCGCUUUGAUCGUCAAAUUACCAUUGACAAGCCUGAUAUUAAAGGCCGUGAUCAGAUCUUUCGGAUCUAUCUGAAUAAAUUGAAACUUGAUAAAGAACCUUCAUAUUAUUCUCAGAGGCUUGCUGCUUUAACACCUGGAUUUGCUGGAGCAGACAUUGCGAAUGUUUGCAAUGAGGCUGCACUGAUAGCUGCAAGGACUGACAGUACACUAAUUACAAUGCAACAUUUUGAGGCAGCUAUAGAUCGGGUUAUUGGGGGUCUGGAGAAGAAGAACAAGGUCAUAAGCAAGCUGGAGCGUCGAACCGUUGCUUACCAUGAAUCUGGCCAUGCUGUUGCUGGUUGGUUUUUGGAGCAUGCCGAACCAUUGCUCAAAGUCACAAUUGUUCCUCGUGGUACUGCAGCUCUUGGUUUUGCUCUGUAUGUUCCAAAUGAAGAUCUUUUGAUGACCAAAGAGCAGCUGUUUGAUAUGACAUGCAUGACACUUGGUGGGCGAGCAGCGGAACAGGUUUUGAUCGGGAAGAUCUCAACGGGAGCCCAAAAUGAUUUGGAGAAAGUCACGAAGAUGACCUAUGCCCAAGUGGCGGUGUACGGUUUCAGUGACAAAGUUGGUCUUCUUUCUUUUCCUCAAAGGGACGAUGCAAUGGAGAUGACCAAGCCAUACAGCAGCAAGACUGCUGCUAUAAUUGACAGUGAAGUAAGAGAAUGGGUAGCUAAGGCAUAUGGCCGCACUUUACAGCUAAUCAAGGAACAUAAAGAGCAUGUAGCAGAAAUUGCUGAAUUGUUACUGGAGAAGGAGGUCUUACAUCAAGAAGACUUGGUCAGAGUACUCGGUGAGCGUCCCUUUAAGAGUAGUGAACCUACAAAUUAUGAUAGGAUGAGGGAUCACCACCACUUGAACCAGAUAUUGUUCCAGCAUAAUCACUGGAAAGUUUUUUUGUCAGUUUUUGCCAAAUUUGAAAUUAAGAACACCUGCAAAUCAACUGAAAAUCCCAGCUUUGGAUGA